AUGGCUGCAUUUGGAGAUAAUAAGCUUCGCGCGGUCGUGGAUAUUGCUGCUGCUGGAGAUGUCGUUCUGGUUGUUGGGCCAGAGAACAUCAGAAUGCGUAUCCACUCGCUGACCCUCAAGGCAACCUCAAACGCAUUUUCUGUCAUACUGGGCCUCAACUGGAAGGGAGGCCGUGAUUUACUUGAAGAUGGGUCCGUGGAGUUGCUGCUACCAAAGGAAAAUGCUAAGGCGAUGGAGUAUAUCUGUGCUAUAAUACAUCAUCAAAACAUAUUUGAUGGGCUAAUGGCCCUUGCUGAUGCAGCGUAUGCGUCCCAGAACGCACAAGCUUUCAGAGAUCUUACCAAAGCAUUGAUACUCAACUACGAGGGUUCCUAUUUCUCUCUGUCAACCGAGAGGAACGAGUCUGCGAUGAACUGGAAAGAACAAAGAGAUUUGGCGAGGUUUGACCUAGGAGAUAUACUCAUAGGCCGGAUUUCAAGGGGGGAGUGUGUGUCCACAGAUGCAGAUGGACAAGCAAAUACGCAUAACUAUGCUUAUUUGGAAUCGCUCCGCGACCACCGCCUUUGGCCAACUGGCUUAAUCAAUAUUUCUGAAGCAAUAGAGCGAGCAGGAAGCAUUCCAGAUCCGAUCCCUGAUGAAAGGAGUACUUCUUGCACAUAUGAAUACAAACAUACGACACCGAAAUACAGAAAGGGCCGUCAGUGA